UACUGCACCGACUGAUGAAAACUUUUAUUUUAUUUGGGACUCGCAACAUCCAAAUCGAUGCCCAUUCAUAAUUAACACCCAUCUUUGACAUAUAUAUUCAUGAUCAGAGGUAAUUUCUUGCGGCGCCCCAUUUUUCGUUGACUUAACACGGCAGCAAAAAGAAAAAAACACAGCAACUAGUUCGACAAGACGAGGAGGAGGAGUCUGUCGGAGCGAAAAUGGAUCUGGAAGCAGGCCAACAGGUACUAUGGCACCGCCCCGGUGAUUCAAUGGCUGCGCUUUCAGUCUCUUGAAAUAGCCUCUCUGGCAGUUGCACACCAACUGUUUGACAAAUUGCCCGACUGAAAGUUCAAAGUUCGAAGCAUGAGUAUAAGAUGGCCAAGGCUGCUAACACCCACACAUCUCUCUCAGAUUAUACGAAAGCAGAAAAAUCCAUUGACUGCCCUCCAAAUUUUCACUCAAGUGAAAUCCAAGUACCCCAAUUACCGUCACAAUGGUCCAGUCUACGCCACCAUGAUCAGCAUUCUCGGAAACUCUGGCCGAAUUGCUGAGAUGAAGGACGUGAUUAACACGAUGAAAAAUGACUCCUGUGAAUGCAAGGAUUCAGUUUUUGCAAUUGCAAUUAAAACCUACGCGCAAGCUGGAUUGCCGAAGGAUGCAGUGUCUCUGUUUAAUAACAUUUCCAAGUUCAACUGUGUGAACUGGACGCAUUCUUUCAAUACCCUUUUGGAGAUUAUGGUGAAUGAGUCCAAGCUUGAAGCUGCUCAUCGCAUUUUCGUGGAGCAUUGUUGUGGAUGGGAGGUGAGCUCUAGGGUUCGGUCCUUGAAUUUGCUCAUGCUUGCUUUGUGCCGGAAGGGUCGUUCAGAUAUUGCCCUGCAAAUUUUCCAAGAAAUGGAUUAUCAGCAUUGUAAUCCGGAUAGGGAAAGUUAUCGGAUUUUAAUGAGAGGGUUGUGUGAAGAUAAGAGGCUCAAUGAGGCAACCCAUUUGUUGUACUCGAUGUUUUGGAGGAUUUCUCGGAAGGGUUGUGGUGAAGAUGUUGUAAUUUAUAGAACCUUGUUGGAUGCCUUGUGUGAUAAUGGGGAGAUUGACGAAGCUGUCGAAAUUCUUGGUAAGAUAUUAAGGAAGGGGCUCAAGGCCCCUAAGCGGUUUCGACACAAUCUUGAUCUCAGUCGUUAUGGAAAUGGCAAAGACACGGGAGGCGUUAAGUUGUUGAUUAAUGAAGCUCUGGUUAGAGGUGGGAUUCCCAGCUUGGCAAGCUAUAGUGCUAUGGCAAUUGAUCUUUACAAUGAAAAUAAGAUUGGUGAGGCUGACAAAGUGCUCAAGGAAAUGCAAGAUAACGGCUUUAGGCCAACAGAGUUGGUCUUUGAAGCAAGGGCGGCUGCAUUGAGUGGUGAAAAGAAAGUCGUUGAAGCAGUGGAGGUGAUUGAAAAGGAGAUGGUGGAGGCAAACUGUGUACCAACUCUAAGAGUGUACAAUGUUGUGAUGAGAUGCCUUUGUAGUGAGGGGCAAUCGGUUCUUGCCAUUUCGUAUUUGAAGAAGAUGGAAAAGCAGGUGGGUUGUGUUGCUGACAAGAAAACUUAUGGCAUUUUAGUGGAUGGGCUUUGUGAGGAGAGACGAUUUCUGGAAGCAAGUCGAGUAUUGCAAGAGAUGUUGAUCAAGUCACAUUGGUCCUGUGCUGAGACUUACAGUCGAGUGAUUAGGGGUCUUUGCUCAGUGGGCAGGCAAUAUGAAGCUGUUAUGUGGUUGGAGGAGAUGUUGAGUCGGGCUAUGCUGCCGGAGCAUUCAGUAUGGAACUCAUUGGUGGUAUCUGUGUGUUCUAACAUAUCCAAUGUUGAGAAUUGCAGCGAGGGUCUUCUUGCUUUGACGGAAUUUGGAAGACCGUUAAUGCAAGAUCGUCUAGUUACAGGAACAGAUACCAUAUCAGACUGGCCUCCAUUACACCACACCGCAAAUUCGGAGGCAAGUUUCACCUUUUUUUCAGUAAGGCUACGUUCGGGUGAUGGACUUGUAAGUGCCAAGGGAUUUAGGAUAACCGAUGAAGAGAUAUACUAAAAACGGGGGUUGAGAAAUGCAUUCCGUGAUCAUUUGGUCUUGUCGAGAACAGAACUCUUCCGGUCAAGGCUGAGUUUGCAACGUGGUUACCUAAGGGGGCAUCCCUCGGCGCCAGAUUGACUUAACGCUCCUAGUAACCCCAAUACCGAAGGUUUUUAAUAGGAAACACCUAUCAAAAUCCUUGGAUUGGAAACAUGUAUCGAAAUCCUUUUGUUAGAUCCUAUGUUGAACGGACUUGGACGUAUUCUAAAUCGGAUGCCUGGAACAGUCUGCGAGUCAGAGUCCACUUUGAGCACUUUAUGCCCACUUUAAAGCUUUAUCAGAGUAUGCAACUUCUUCGGACAUGCUGGCUCAAAGGCGACAUAACUUGGGGUUUCUUGAGUGGACCGAUUGAGUCGAUGUCCCAUUGCAUAUAGUGUUGAGCUCUUCUGCAUGCUGAUGAUUCAUCAGAGCGUACUUUUGGCACUUAUCACAAGUUCGAUCACAAUCUUUUGCAUCUAUUUUCAUGGUUGGCCAAUAAUACACAGAAAUAAAGGCUUUCUGAGGGAGGGAUUGUCCACCAGAGUGGUUGUCAAAGAGACCCCUGAGUGCAUGUUGUAUAGAAUCUCCACGCCCCAUUGCGGAAAGACACACGAGUGUGGUCCAAAUUCAUGUGUUAGAGCGGUUACUUGUGCAUUCAUGAUUUAAUAGGGAUGAAGGAGACAUAAGCUAGCUAACAAAGCCAAAUCAAUUAGAUCCCAUCUUUAUGUCACAAAUCAAAGUGAACAUUUUCUCGGACCCAUCAAAUCAAUUUGUUUUAUUUGGUCCGUACAAGAUAUAAGGAAAUGUGUUCCAUGUG